AGCAUGCAGUGUGAGCAAAGAGCCGGCGACUUCCAGAGUUGUACAGAGGAGCGGGAGACUGGUUCGGGUUACAGGGACUGUCCUGUAGCACAUAGUGGGAUCGCUCUGAAGUAGCGAAUGGGACAAACGGAGCCGAACACAAAGGAGUAAGACAGCGGAAGACUCGGACGCGGAAUGUUUCGGUUUUGAAGGUUUAUGUAAUUACUCAUAUGAGUGCAGCCAGAUUGGUAAAGAACGGCAGAGUUUACUCAGUAUAAACAGCCUCCUGCAAAGUUACAGAUCGCCAGGAUUCUUUCUGCGCAACUGUACACCUGAUGAGCUUGGGGAUUGUUGGGUGCAUAGAGCCACACUCACAUGUCUGAAAUGGAACAGGAAAAGAAGUGGGGAGUCGCUGGUAAACCAGGUGAAAAGAGGCGCGUUGGUUUGAAGCAGCCGCUGUGGAGAGAUUUGUCUUGCGUGACGUUUUGCAUCGCGGUGUCCGUGCUGUCUGUUGGAGUUUGGAUCGUAGUGUUUGUGCGGACGUCGGAGCUGCAGUCCAGGAUAUUAAGUCUGGAACAGCAGCGGCUUUCUGCGUGGAUGCUGUCCGUGGAACAGGUGGAGCCCGUCAUCCUGGGUCGUCUCGACCAGAUCCUGGAAGAAAAGCUUGCAGCGCGACUACCAAAGACGCGGGAUGUGAGAGAAGUUUCCCACAGCUGCCUGUGUCCCCCAGGACCUCCAGGUCCUCCUGGACGAGCAGGCUUUCCGGGUGGCAAAGGAAGUAUGGGAAUUCCUGGGAGAAUGGGCUUAAAAGGACACGCAGGGGAGAAGGGAGCACCAGGUGAGCCUGGCCUGUCUAUCAUUGGACCAAGAGGACCUCCUGGACAACCUGGUACAAGAGGAUUUCCAGGAUUUCCAGGUCCAAUUGGGUUAGAUGGCAAGCCUGGACAGAGUGGACCAAAGGGAGACAUGGGACAGCGUGGUCCUAAAGGACACCCAGGGGAACCUGGACCUAAAGGGGAGAAGGGUAUCUGUGGCGAUUACACACAUCGGGGCCUCUUUGUGCAGGAUCUUCCUCUGAAAACCCUGGCUGCAUUACGAUCAAGUCAUACUCUGUUGAAGGGCGAGCCUGGAAUACAGGGGCCUGCGGGACCUCCGGGGCCACCCGGUCCACCGGGAACACCGGGAUCGGAUGGGGCCAAUGGCCCACCGGGUAAACCUGGGGAGCCAGGCAAACCUGGAAAAGACCCAAGGCUCUUGCCUGGACUAAAGGGUGAGCCAGGUGUGCCAGGACAAAAGGGGGAUCGAGGUGAUGUUGGCCCAGCAGGCCCAAAGGGAGUUGGGGGAGACCAAGGAAAUAAGGGAGAGAAAGGAGAGCUGAACACUGGAGCCCCGGGAAUUAAAGGAGAGCCUGGUUCACCAGGACUGCCGGGACUAAGAGGACCCAGAGGGGAAGCAGGUAUUCAAGGCCCAGCUGGCCCAAGGGGUCUGCCAGGCCCGACUGGGGAGCCAGGAAGGGCUGAAAUCCAGUAUGAAAAUGAUAUCCGCAACAUCCCCCUGAUGGGCCCUCCUGGAUUACCUGGACCUCCAGGGACACCUGGAAUCCCUGGAGCCAAGGGUGAAGUUGGUCUACCAGGUCCACCAGGACUGGAUGGAGAGAAGGGACCUCGAGGGAAGCCUGGAGAACCUGGUCUCCUGGGCCCGGCAGGUCCUGAAGGUCCCAGAGGAGAGGGAGGUGUCAUGGGCUUUCCAGGACCCAAAGGCACCAAGGGUGACAUGGGUCCAUCUGGAUCACCUGGUCCAAAAGGUGAACCUGGAGAUGGAGGAAGGUUAGAAUCGAUCUAUGGUCCUCCAGGACCCCCAGGACCAGCUGGCCCAGCAGUAAGUCAGAUAUGCCGCGUAACUCUUAUCUUUAAAAACAAAAUCACUGCUUCACUCACGCCUCCUUCCCCCAUCUCCCCAUCCAACUCUGACUACCCUCCCCAUCUACCUACCACCUCGUCCCCUCAUCAUCUCUGCUCUCUAACUGUGUACAACACUAUACAGGGGGCUCAUGGGUUAGACGGCAGACCAGGUGCAGUGGGUCUAGUAGGACCUGCAGGUGUGCCAGGGCCAGCAGGACCAAAGGGAGAGACAGGUGAAAAGGGUGAUCCUGGAAUUCCAGGACCAACAGGGCCGCAAGGCAUCCCCGGAUUAGUAGGACCACAGGGACUCAAGGGAAAUCAGGGAGAGAGGGGCAAGAAAGGCAACAGGGGGGCCAAAGGGGAUAAGGGAGACCAAGGAGCACCUGGAUUAGAUGCCCCCUGUCCAUUGGGAGAUGAUGGUUUACCUGUACCUGGAUGUUGGAAUAAAGGUCAACAUCCUUUCCAACUGGCAAAGAAGUAGCACUACUGCAGAUGAUCUCCCACAAGCAACCAAAAGGAAAACUUUGGAUAUAGUGUUUGCAGUUUUUACCCAGUUGGCUUUUCAACUUUUUCCUGCAGGCUGGGCACAGGGCUAGUAGUGUCAGAGACUCUGGUGGCUAUGCUCUGCUGAACACAGUAACCUCAAAAAGACUGGAUAGUAGAACAUUUGCUCCAUGGUGUAGUUGGUCAUUGAAGUGUUUCUGGACAGAACAGCAAUGCGACUAUCACAACCACAGAGAGCUAGAGGUCGAGACUACCUGCUGAUCUGUUCCACUGACUCAUCUAUUUAUCACCUAAAAAAAGCAUGGUCACUUGCAAUGUGUUGUGUUUGAUUUGAAAUCAUUACCGUAACUGUGAUAAAGAAUUCAGAGCAGCUCACAGAGCAGAUAUAUGCCAUGUGUUUCCAUGAAAAACCAAAAUGCAAAGGGAGACCCACUUGAUGAUUCCUUACUGAUACUAGUUGACACACUGCCUUUUUAAAAAGAAAAUCCCUUUAACUGCAGCUAUGACCAUUUUUGAAUGAUUGUGCUGUAUGUAUGAUGUGUGAUACCAGCAUCGCACAUCAUGUUUGUUCUCAUAUAUGAUAUUUUUUACUUUUUUGUAUGAACGCCAUGUUCACUGCUGUAUAUGUAUGUAUUGUACAAGAUGAGAAUUUAAUGUAUAAUUGUACGUAGCGUGUAAAUGGAGUGCAUGAAUUAAACAUCUUUUAAGUAGUGAAUACGCAUCACAGUUCUGAAAGGGUGGUAUUCAUAUCUUGACUAAUGAUUUCUUGAGAAAUGUAUAAUUUGUAAAAUACUUUGACCUAUUGUUUACCAGAAAUUACAUAAUUUUAACAUUUGCAUCUUCCAUAUGUCCAGCCCCAUCACUUAUUCUGGCUCAGAAAAGUCACAUUUGUUACCCAUUAUAUUGAAAUGUAAUUACUCUUUUUCCAUCUAAAAACAACACAGCUUAAAUCUUUUUGCUCAUUUGUUACUGUACAUUGAGAUAGCAUAAAAUGACUUGUCAGCAUUUCACCUUCCUGUUAUUGUAGUUCAGAUGUACAGAAGCAUUCCAUGUCAUCCUGACAGCUGCCAUGUAAACAGACUCGGGUCAAAGUCGUAUUUUAUUUUAUGGGGAUUUUUCAGUUUUGGAGUUCAUUAGUAAAAGAAUGAUGUUUGAUUUUUUUCAUUGUGUACAAGUGCACCUGGAAAAUUAUAGUUAUAUUUAUUAAAAUUUAAAACGAAAUUAUGAAUCACGUAGCUUCAAUCAAUAUUAUUUUAAACAUAAAUCAUAAGUGUCAACACUACGGAAGCGUAGAGCUGCCAUCCAGGCAAAAGAAAAUUCGAGCUAUAUGACAUUAUAACAUGAAAACUUUAUUGUAUAUACUCACAUUUGAACAACAUAAUAUCACAUAUUAAAACAUACAUAAUUAUCACGUUAUAACAAAAAUGAUAACUAUAUAAAUUUUAUAUUGUAAUAAUGUGAUAAUAUGUUGUUCAAAUGUGAAAAGUAUAUUGUUAGAACAAUAAACUUUUCACGUUAUAAUGUGAUAUGGCUCUAUUUUUCUUUUGCCUGGCUGGCAGCUCUAUGCUUCUAUGUAAUGCAGCUUCAAAAAAAACCCCAAUACUAGUAAAGAAAAGACUUCUAUCACAUUUAUUUCUUUUCUGACAGUGCUGUCUAUGAAAUAAUG